GGGUGCAGGAUUACAAAUGAGCAGAAAUUUCUGGAAGGGGUGUGCUCCCACUUGUCAUCUUUGUCAUUCAUUCAACAAUAAUAAAGCUCUGUUACGUGUCAAAAUCAAUUCCAAGUCCCAAGAACAAGGAGAAUGCCCUUCAUUUAAGUUAUACUCCAUUCCCUCAGAUCCACGCUAGCUAGGGUAAAAAUGGAUCUUGAUGAGUGGGAGGUCUUGUCAGAUGACGGAUUUCUUCAAAUCCAUGAAGAAGAAGAAGAUGAUGAUGAAUAUGGCGAUGGUGGUGGGGGGGAGAAGUUUAUCUGCAGAAGGCUCGACGGCGUCCCUAACAGUGUAUUGGAGACGGACUACUUCAUCUGUCCUCUUCCGCCGGCUAAUUCAUCCAAUCAGUUCGUCGAAACCACGAACAGAUCCAUCCCGCCUCUUCCAGCUCAGAAGACACGCUGCGAUGAUAACAGAGAUAUGCCGGAGCCUCUUCCAACCGUGGAGAAAGGGGCAGAGGCGGAAAGAGUACUAUCGCAAUAUGUUUCCUUGAAGAAAAUGAAGGAAUUAGUUGAACUCCCGUGGGACAUGGAUUCUCCCACCGUGGACGGCGACAGUUGUUUUUCACCACCGCCGGGACUGGCGGUUGAUGGCGAUGUGGGUGAUCCGGAGAGCGGUGGUGGUGGGCUGAAUAUAUGGAACUGGGGAUUCGGAGCUAUUUUUAGCUUCGGAGUCGCUGCUGCCGCGGUAUGCAUCACUUUGGUCGGAAGCCGGCCGAAUCAGAAACUCCGGUUCCAAACCUAUAGCGAUGAUGAUGAUGAUGAGAAGGUCGAUAUGUAGUAUGUGUGUUCAUAAAAUUGGGAUUCAUUUCGUAAAAUUGAAUUGGAUCGAGUUCUUAUACAUACUCCGUAGUAUUUGAAUUGGAGAAGCAAGAAAGAUGAAUGGAGCCAUUUCUGGAUUUGCCAUCAAAUCACGUUCGGAGGCCGGUCACUGUGAUCGAUGAUCAUUCAUAUCAUCAUUCAUAAUAUUAAUAUGCAUGCAUUAGAUCAGAAUAUAUAUAUAUAUAUAUAUAUAUAUAUAUAUAUAUAUAUAUAUAUAUAUAUUAACUACACCCAGGAUCGAUCUCAAGUCUUUUUUAAAAAAAUACCCCCUAGUAUGUACAUAUGAUAUGAUAAUACUAAUAAUAAUAAUAACAACGUAUAUAUAUAAUUAUUAGUUUUAUUUGUUUUAGAAAAAAAUUAUGUUCGUCGAUCAUCUACGCAUGCUUCUUGGAUGCUAAUUAAGUGGAGACGUGGAGUGAUUGAUACUUGACAGCUACAUGUUCCACGGAUUUACAGAGAAGACUUACUUCAAUCCAAGCGAAUGAUUAUUGUGAAUUUGUGAUGAUACCUCAUAUACUAUAUACUACGCAUUCCUUCAUUUUCCCCCAUCUUCUAAAGUUGUAAAUAUGUAAUAAGUUACGAAAUGAUCAAAUUUAGACUUGUAACCAUUAUUGAUGAAUUUGAUGAUGUUGGGAGCAAACAAGAACCCAUUUG